CAGCCUGGGGGCGUGUCCCGGGCGGGCCACGCCCGCCCGCCCGCCCCGCGCUCCCCCCUCGGGUCGCCGAGCUCCGGCCAGCGCUGGGAGGGCCGGCCCCGGGAUGCCACACGUGACCCAGCUGUACCAGCAUGUGUCAGAAAAGCGCUGGCCCAUCGUGUACUCGCCUCGCUACAACAUCACCUUCAUGGGCCUGGAGAAGCUGCACCCCUUCGACGCUGGAAAAUGGGGCAAGGUGAUCAAUUUCCUAAAAGAGGAGAAGCUCCUGGCGGACAGCAUGCUGGUGGAGGCGCGGGAGGCGUCCGAGGAGGACCUGCUGGUGGUGCAUACAAGGCGCUAUCUCAAUGAGCUGAAGUGGUCCUUUGUCGUUGCCACCAUCACCGAGAUCCCCCCUGUCAUCUUCCUUCCCAACUUCCUUGUGCAGAGGAAGGUGCUGAGACCCCUGCGGACCCAGACAGGAGGAACCAUAAUGGCAGGGAAGCUGGCUGUGGAGCGAGGCUGGGCCAUCAACGUAGGGGGCGGCUUCCACCACUGCUCCAGCGACCGCGGCGGCGGCUUCUGUGCCUAUGCUGACAUCACGCUUGCCAUCAAGUUUCUGUUUGAACGGGUGGAGGGCAUCUCCAAGGCCACCAUCAUUGACCUGGAUGCACAUCAGGGCAACGGGCAUGAGCGAGACUUCAUGGGUGACAGGCGCGUGUAUAUCAUGGAUGUCUACAACCGCCACAUCUACCCCGGGGACCGCUUGGCCAAAGAGGCCAUCCGGAGGAAGGUGGAGCUGGAGUGGGGCACGGAGGACCAGGAGUACCUGAGUAAAGUGGGGAGGAACGUAGAGAAGGCGCUCCAGGAGCACCUGCCCGACGUGGUGGUGUACAACGCUGGCACCGACAUCCUCGAGGGGGACCGCCUCGGGGGGCUGUCCAUCAGCCCAGGGGGCAUUGUGAAGAGGGACGAGCUGGUGUUCCGCGUGGUCCGAGGCCUCCAGAUUCCCAUCCUCAUGGUGACUUCAGGCGGGUACCAGAAACGCACGGCCAGGAUCAUCGCCGACUCCAUCCUGAAUCUGCACGACCUGGGCCUCAUCGGGCCCGAGUCUCCCAGCGUCUCAGCACAGAGCUCAGACACGCCGCUGCUUCCCCGCACUGUGCCCUGACGCCGCCGCUCAGUUCUCCCUGCCCGCCGCGCCCCUCGCGAGCCGCCCUCACUGCUUAAUGUCGUCUAACUUCCUGGGGCUGCGGAGGCAGCACAGUGAGCCAGAGGGGCAGAAGGGCCGGGCCUGGCCAUUCCUCCAUUUCCCCCGGGCUGCCCAGGUUCUCUAGGCCACUUGGCGUGGCAGAAAGCAGAGCCAGUUCCAGGGAAGCCUCUUCAUGGGGUGGUGAGCAGGUGGGCACGCCCGGAGAAGGACAAGGAGGGCCCGGAGGUGUCAUGGUGACUGGUCAGGCGGAGGAAGUGACCAUCUCUUACUUUCUGUUGGUGUGGAAGGGGCCUCCCUCCUCGCGAGGGCAGAGCUGCGGGGUGCAGCCUCAGCCCGCCCUGGGCUCCCAGACAGCAGGCAAGUGCCCUGGGUGGGUGUAGGGCCUUUGGAAAGCAGUUCGGGGGCUCUCACAGCUGGGAUUCCCCACAAUAAAGCAAAGUCCGGGCUUGCCGUGAA